AUGGCAACUUCCUUCAAUACUAGACUCAAGAAUUUGUGGAAUCACCCUGCAGGUCCAAAGACUGUGUUCUUCUGGGCUCCGAUGAUAAAAUGGAGUCUAGUGAUAGCUGGACUUAGUGAUUUAAAGAGACCGGCCGAUAAAUUGUCGGUAUCCCAAAAUGUCGCCUUGACUGCUACGGGCGUAAUAUGGUCUAGAUAUUCGACACAGAUUAUUCCUCCCAACCCAACAUUGCUAUCAGUCAACUUGUUUGUGGCAGGGACAGGAAUUACACAAUUAUAUAGGAUAUGGAACUAUCGUAGGACAAAGCUCGCUGCAUCAACAUGA